AUGUAUACAAAAAGUGGUGAGCAAGGUGAAUGUUCGUGGUAUGGGCUGAAUCUGGCCGGUGCUCUGACAGCCAGCGGAGAGCCAUUUGAUCCGUGGGCUAUGACUGCGGCCCAUAAAACACUCCCCUUUGGGACUAAUGUUAAGGUGGAUUGCAAUGGAAAGAGUGUAGUCGUGAGGAUCAACGACAGGGGACCCUUCGUUGCCGGACGUAUCCUCGAUGUGAGCCAAGGGGCCGCACAGCACCUUGGUAUUAUUGAUGCAGGACUAUGCCAAUGCUCUAUCCAUAAUGUUUAA